UGCCGGAAGCGGUGCGGACCCGCCCGGUGCCGCCCCGCCCCGGCGCGCUCCCGCCGUUCCGCCCCGCGGGGACGCGCAGACCCGCCCGGCGCGGCUGGACUGUCCGCGAGGCCGCUCCAUGCGCUUGCCCCGCGGCGCCUGAGCCCGGCAGCCCUCGGCAGGUUAUGCUGCCCCGAGAGCGUCCCCUGAGCCCCCGCGAGAAGGAAAAGGGCUAAGCCGGCCGUGCCGGGGGCCGUGCCAGCGCCAUGACCCAUUCCCAGGUGUCUUCCGAGCUUCACCACAUCGUCUCCUCAGCCUUCCAGAGCCCCGAGCAGGAGGCGCUGGGAGCCGGCUCACCUGCCUUCGGAGAGGAGGAGGAGGAGAAGGACCUGAACAAGGCCCUGGGCGUGGAGCGCUUCGAGGAGAUCCUGAACGACGCCCACCCCCGCAACGCCGAGGAGGCCGGGCGCAGCUACGGCGAGGAGGACUUCGAGUACCACCGCCAGUCGUCCCACCACAUCCACCACCCGCUCUCCACGCACCUGCCCUCUGACGCCCGCCGCAAGAAGGGGAUCCCGAAAAAGGGCAAAAAGAAGGCCCGGCGUGCCUCUGUCCCCGGAGAGACCCCCACCAUCGAGGAGGCUGAGGAGGAUGAGGAUGACGCGUGCGACACGGAGACGGAGCGGUCGGCGGAGGAGCUGCGGCAGCCCGGGCCGGCCGAGGCAGUGCAGUUCUUCUUGCAGGAGGAUGAGGUGAGCGACCGGCAGGCAGAGGAGCCAGCGGCCCCCGCGGCACUGCCCGGCUCCCCCCCUGAGCCCCGAGGGGGCACGGCCCCGAAGGAAGCCCAGGCCAGCAGCCCUGAUGCCGAGCAGGGGGCUCUGGGGGAGGGGGCAGCCGCCGAGGCUGGGUCCCCGGGCCGCCCUGCGCCCAAGUCGCAGCCGGGGCACCGCAGCUACAACCUGCACGAGCGGCGCUGCAUCGGCAGCAUGACGGCUGCAGAGCAGGACCGCUACCAGAAAAUGCCAACAGACGAGUCAGAGGCACAGACACUGGCCUCGGCUGACCUGGACUACAUGAAGAGUCACCGCUUCGAGGACGUGCCGGGCGUGCGCCGGCACCUGGUGCGGAAGAGCGCCAAGGCACAGGUGGUGCACGUCAGCAAGGACCACAAGGAGCCCAGCACGCGGCAGCGCAAGCAGGACCGGCAGCCCCACGAGGUGUUUGUGGAGCUGAACGAGCUGGUGGUGGACAAGAACCAGGAGCUGCAGUGGAAGGAGACGGCGCGCUGGAUCAAGUUUGAGGAGGACGUGGAGGAGGAGACAGACCGCUGGGGCAAGCCACACGUGGCCUCCCUCUCCUUCCGCAGCCUUCUGGAGCUCCGCAAGACCCUGGCCCACGGGGCCGUGCUCCUGGACCUGGACCAAAAGACGCUGCCAGGGGUGGCUCACCAGGUGGUGGAGCAGAUGGUGAUCACGGACCAGAUCCGGGCUGAGGACCGUGCCAACGUGCUGCGGGCGCUGCUGCUCAAGCACAGCCACCCGAGCGACGAGAAGGAGUUCUCCUUCCCGCGGAACAUCUCGGCGGGCAGCCUGGGCUCCCUGCUCGUGCACCACCACAGCACCAACCACGUGGCUGAGGGCAGCGAGCCGGCCGUCACCGAGCCCCUCAUCGCUGGCCACGCCGGCGAGCACGACACGCGCAUCGACGUGGAGCGGGAGAGGGAGGUCCUCACUCCCACACCCCCGGCCGGCAUCACUCGCUCCAAGUCAAAGCACGAGCUGAAGCUGCUGGAGAAGAUCCCGGACAACGCUGAGGCCACAGUGGUGCUCGUGGGCUGUGUGGAGUUCCUGGACCAGCCCACCAUGGCCUUCGUGCGGCUGCAGGAGGCCGUGGAGCUGGACGCGGUGCUGGAGGUGCCCGUGCCUGUGCGGUUCCUCUUCGUGCUGCUGGGCCCCAGCAGCACCCACAUGGACUAUCACGAGAUUGGGCGCUCCAUCUCCACCCUCAUGUCCGACAAGCAAUUCCACGAGGCUGCCUACCUGGCCGACGACCGUCACGACCUUCUGAAUGCCAUCAACGAGUUCCUGGACUGCAGCGUGGUGCUGCCGCCCUCCGAGGUGCAGGGCGAGGAGCUGCUGCGCAGCGUCGCCCACUUCCAGCGCGAGAUGCUGAAGAAGAGGAUGGAGCAGGAGCGGAGGCUGCUGCUGGAGCCCAAGUCCCCUGAGGAGAAAGCUCUGCUGAAGCUGAAGGUGGUGGAGGAUGAGGCCGAGGAGGACGACGACCCCCUGAGGCGCACGGGCCGCCCCUUCGGGGGGCUGAUCCGGGACGUGCGGCGGAGGUACCCCCACUACCUGAGCGACUUCCGCGACGCGCUGGACCCCCAGUGCAUCGCUGCCGUCAUCUUCAUCUACUUCGCUGCGCUGUCACCCGCCAUCACCUUCGGGGGGCUGCUGGGGGAGAAGACGCAGGACCUGAUCGGGGUGUCGGAGCUGAUCAUCUCCACAUCGCUGCAGGGCGUCCUCUUCUGCCUGCUGGGUGCUCAGCCCCUGCUGGUCAUCGGCUUCUCAGGGCCUCUGCUCGUCUUUGAGGAAGCCUUCUUCACGUUCUGCACAUCCAAUGAGCUGGAGUACCUGGUGGGGCGUGUCUGGAUCGGCUUUUGGCUCAUCCUCAUUGUGCUGGUCAUGGUGGCCUUUGAGGGCAGCUUCCUGGUGCGUUUUGUCUCCCGCUUCACCCAGGAGAUCUUUGCCUUUCUCAUUUCCCUCAUCUUCAUCUAUGAGACCUUUUCCAAGCUGGCCAAGAUCUUCCAAGAGCACCCUCUGCACAGCUGCCUGAGCACCAACAGCUCGGCCGAGGUCUGGGGCAACGGCACCGUGGCCGUGGCCAACACCACAGCCCUGGCCACCAGCCCGGUUGCCCGCGGUGCCACCAAGGUCACGGGGCAGCCCAACACGGCACUGCUCUCACUCGUGCUCAUGGCCGGCACCUUCUUCAUCGCCUUCUUCCUGCGCAAGUUCAAGAACAGCCGCUUCUUCCCUGGACGGAUCCGGAGGCUCAUCGGGGACUUUGGGGUGCCCAUCGCCAUCCUGGUGAUGGUGCUGGUAGACUACAGCAUCCAGGACACCUACACACAGAAGCUGAGUGUGCCCAGUGGGUUCUCGGUGACAGCCCCAGACAAGCGGGGUUGGGUGAUCAACCCCCUGGGUGUGCAGAGUGCCUUCCCUGUGUGGAUGAUGGUGGCCAGCGGCCUCCCCGCCAUCCUCGUCUUCAUCCUCAUCUUCAUGGAGACCCAGAUCACCACGCUGAUCAUCAGCAAGAAGGAGCGGAUGCUGCAGAAGGGCUCCGGGUUCCACCUCGACCUCCUGCUCAUCGUGGCCAUGGGCGGCUUCUUCGCGCUCUUCGGGCUGCCCUGGCUCGCCGCAGCCACCGUGCGCUCCGUCACCCACGCCAACGCCCUCACCGUCAUGAGCAAGGCGGUGGCACCUGGGGACAAGCCCAAGAUCCAGGAGGUGAAGGAGCAGCGGGUCACCGGGCUGCUGGUGGCCGUGCUGGUCGGGCUGUCCAUCGUCAUCGGGGACCUGCUGCGGCAGAUCCCACUGGCCGUGCUCUUCGGCAUCUUCCUCUACAUGGGCGUCACCUCCCUCAAUGGCAUCCAGUUCUACGAGCGCCUGCAGCUGCUGCUGAUGCCCCCCAAGCACCACCCUGAUGUCACCUAUGUCAAAAAGGUGCGCACGCUGCGCAUGCACCUGUUCACCGGGCUGCAGCUGGCCUGCCUGGCCGUGCUCUGGGCCGUCAUGUCCACUGUGGCCUCCCUCGCCUUCCCCUUCAUCCUCAUCCUCACGGUGCCGCUCCGCAUGUGCCUGCUCAGCCGCAUCUUCACCGACCGGGAAAUGAAGUGUCUGGACGCAGCCGAGGCCGAGCCCAUCCUGGACGAGCGGGAAGGUGUGGACGAGUACAACGAGAUGCCGAUGCCGGUGUGAGGGCGCCGGCGGCUCACGGCUGGCGGUGGAGCCCGCGCGGGGCCGGGGCAGCGGCUGCGCGGCCGUGCCUGAGGGGACGGGGCCCUGCGGCCCCCAGGCCCUCGGAGGGCACUGCCAAAGAGACGCCGGCCCCAGGCUCAGCCGCUCGGACACCUGCUGCCCGUGCCCCGGGACAGGGCCCCCCGGGCCAGGGCCCCCGGGACAGGGCUGUCCGGGACAGGGCCCCCCGCGACAGAACCCCCGGGCAGGGCUGUCC